UCAAAGGGUAAACCAGGCGAAUGUAACAUUAUAUAUGAUAUUUACAAGUUUAAAAUCGGAUAUCACGUGCCGGUGAAAGUGCAGCAAACUAAUAAUCGGUCGGAUAGUGAUGCAGCGAUAUUCAGGUUUUAUCGAUCAGAUUCCAGUUACAAAUCGAAAAUUAAGGAGCAUGAGGUGGACAAGAUUUUGGGAAUACAUGGUCCUGCGGACGUAGCCAAAAUCGGCAUUGCCAAGUAUAAUGACGAAUGUCGUCGAAUUGUGAUGCGUUAUUCGAAAGAAUGGAAGGAGAUCGUAAAUAGACUUGGUCGAUGGAUCGAUUUUGAGAAUGACUACAAAACGCUCUACCCCUGGUUCAUGGAGUCGGUCUGGUGGGUAUUCAAACAGCUAUUUGACAAAGGGCUUGUUUACCGCGGUUGCAAGGUAAUGCCGUUUUCAACUGCUUGCUGCACGCCGUUGUCAAACUUCGAGGCCGGUCAAAACUACAAGGACGUUGCCGACCCCUCUGUCAUCGUGUCGUUUCCUUUGCUGAAAGAUGACCAAGACACCGCGUUACUGGCGUGGACCACUACUCCGUGGACUUUGCCUAGCAACUUAGCUAUCUGUGUCCAUCCGGAACUUACCUAUGUCAAGAUUUUUGACAAUGUUCGAGCAAAAAACUUCAUUCUAAUGGAGGCUCGUUUGGAGGCUCUGUACAGAUCCCCUGACGAAUAUAAAGUCAUCGAACGCUUUCCAGGCAAAAUCCUGAACGGGAAGGAGUACUUGCCACUGUUUCCCUACUUCGAGUAUAUGAAGAAAAAGCGCAACGCAUUCCGUGUCGUUUGCGACUCUUACGUCACUACCGAAAGCGGCACCGGCAUCGUUCAUCAAGCUCCUUACUUUGGCGAGGUGAUUUAUGUUGUUUUAUUAAGUUAUUUGGAUAUGCAUGAAUAAUU